AUGGCCGAUUCAACUGAGAAAGCGGAAACCAUGAAGAACUACCAUAUAGCGUCGGAAAAGAUUAACCCACUGGCCGGUCGCUUCCCUCAUUGUAUCGUGUGGACGCCCAUCCCCGUGUUGUCAUGGUUGUUCCCAUUUAUUGGGCAUAUGGGCAUCUGCACUUCCACCGGAGUCAUUCGAGAUUUUGCCGGACCUUAUUUUGUCUCCGAAGACAACAUGGCUUUCGGGAAACCAACAAAGUACUGGAUGAUGGACGUAAGCAAAGUCUACGCCAGUGGCUCCAGCGCCUGGGACAUUGCCGUGCAUGAUGCUUCGGAGGAGUACAAGCACAGGAUGCACAACCUGUGUUGUGACAACUGCCACUCUCACGUGGCGAUGGCCCUCAACCUGAUGCGCUACGACAACAGCACGUCGUGGAACAUGGUCAAGCUCUGCCUCUUGGUGCUCCUGCGCGGAAAGCAUGUCAGCUGCGCGGGCUUCCUGAAGACGUGGCUGCCCUUCCUCACACUGCUGGGCGUCAUUGUGACGGUGGCGCUCGCCAUCAACCUCCGGUGACCUCCCCCAGGGAACGUUGGGAAAUAUUUGCAAAGCCUUUUUUUUUUCUUGUCCAAAAAAA